GAAGAAGUUGGCUUGUAAGGACAGUUGAAAAAAGACACUGGAGGUUUAAGUCACUUUUGUUUUUCUCGAUCCAUGGAGAAGGCUUGUAUGGUUUUCCAUUGCUUAGCCCUCUAAUCUUUCCCUGGUUUGAAGCAUAGUAGGAAGCCUUAUCUGUCUAGAGUCCCCUAGAAUGGCACUCAUCGGACAAGGCACCGGCCGUGGAUCACAUUCUCUUCCCAAACUCUUUGCAGGAGAUAACCAAAUUAAAUCAAAAUCACAUUCAACUUUGUUUAUCUCACCCAUCACAAGGAGGAGGAGGACUAAUAGUUUCUCAUGGAGAUGCACACAAAUUAGAUGCCAAGCAAGUAAGUGGGCAGACAGGCUUUUCUCUGAUUUUAACUCCAGUGAUUCCAGUAACCCAAAUGCUGCAACUGCUCUGGCGCCUGAAAGAAAAGUUACUCUCCCAAUUGACUUCUACCAGAUAUUGGGAGCCGAGACCCAUUUUUUGGGUGAUGGGAUUAAAAGAGCUUAUGAAGCUAAAGUGAGAGAUGUUCCUCAUGAUGACUAUAGUAAUGAAGCAAUGAUGGGUCGUAGACAGAUUCUACAAACUGCUUGUGAUACAUUGGCAAAUCCUCGCUCCAGAGGAGAAUAUAAUGAAGGGCUUAUUGAGGAUGAGGCUGGAACCUUGAUGAGGGAGGUGCCAUGGAACAAGGUACCAGGGGCAUUAUGCCUCCUUCAAGAAGCGGGUGAGAUGGGAGUGGUUAUUCAGACUGGCCAAAGGCUUUUGCAGGAGAAUUUACCGAAGUCUUUCAAACGUGAUGUAAUAUUGGCAAUGGCUUUGUCUUAUGUUGAUAUUUCACGGGAAGCAAUGGCUGAAUCACCACCAAAUAUUAUCAAGAGCUGUGAAGUACUUGAAAGAGCAUUGCAGAUUUUGCAGGAAGGAGGCAGAAGUCUGGCUUCAGAUCUUCAAGAGCAGAUUGAUGAGACACUAGAGGAGAUAACCCCCCGUUGUGUUCUGGAACUAUUAUCAUUGCCACUUGAUGAUCAACAUCAGGCUCAACGAGAAGAGGGUCUUCAGGGAGUGCGGAAUGUCCUAUGGGCUGUUGGUGGAGGGGGUGCUGUGGCACAUGUAGGAGGGUUCACCCGUGAGGAAUUCAUGAAUGAAGCCUUCUCGCAUAUGACAGCUGCUGAGCAGGUGGAUUUGUUUAUUGCAACACCAAGUAAUAUUCCAGCAGAAGGUUUUGAAGUUUAUGCUGCAGCUCUUGCUCAUGUUGCAGAAGGAUUUGUUGCAAAGAGGCCUCAACUUAUACAGGAGGCUGAUGUUUUAUUCUCGCAGCUACAGCAAACAAAUGGAACUUCCAUAGAGAUUGUAAAUAAUUUCCCUGCUGCACCACAAGAGUUAGAUGUUGCACUUGAACGGGCGAUGUGUGCUUUGUUGUUAGGAGAGCUAGAUGAGUGUCGUGUAUGGUUGGGCCUUGAUGAUGAAAACUCACCAUUCAGGGAUCCUCCUGUUGUUGAUUUUAUUCUUGCAAACUCAGAUGAAGCUGAAGAGGAUCCCAUUCUUCCUGGACUGUGCAUGCUGUUGGAAAGCUGGUUGACAGAGAUAGUGUUCCCAAAGUUUAAGGACACAAGAGGUUUGCAAUUCAAGCUUGGAGAUUAUUAUGAUGAUCCUACUGUCCUAAGCUACCUGGAAAAACUAGAUAAGGGUAGAGGCUCCCCAUUAGCAGCAGCUGCAGCAAUUGCAAGGAUUGGAGUGGGGGCUGGUGCUGCCAUUGAUAAUGUUAAAGCUAGUGCCAUUCAAGUGCUACAGAGAGUCUUUCCGUUUGGUAAGGAGGAAGAUACAAAAGAAGUAAGAUCUCACCUUUCUUCCACCAUUUCUCGAGACUUAAAUUCCACCAAAACACAAUAUUCUAAUAAUGGCCAUUAUGACCAAUCCAAGGCUUUUAAUGGAGAGAACAAUUAUUUGCCGGAAACCCCAUAUGAAAUUACCAACCCUUUGAAUAAUAGCUUUGGGGACAAUAGUGGGCCAGAGGAAGAGGUUGAGUCUGUUUCACUGUCAGAUAAUAUCAGUUCUUUUGCUAUGAAGAUGGCCUGCGGAGGUGUUAUGGUUGGCAUGUUGGCUCUUGCAGGACUAAGAUAUUUACCUCUUCAGUCUGGCUCAAUGAAAUCUGUGAAGCAAGUACCAUCCUUAUCUACAAGCACUGGCCCAAAUGAUCUAAAACAUGACAUUUCAAAAAUGGAUGCUAGAUUGGCUGAAAAUAUAGUCCGUAAGUGGCAGAUGUCAAAGUCUCAGGCUCUUGGACCUACUCAUGAUAUAUCACAACUUGCAGAGGUUCUGGAUGGUGAAAUGUUGAAUAUCUGGACAGAGCGUGCCAAAGAUAUUGCAGAGCAUGGAUGGUUCUGGGAAUACAGUGUGCAGGGGCUGACCAUUGAGAGUGUCACUAUUUCACAAGGUAGUAGGAAGGCUACGGUAGAGGCAACACUGCAGGAGGCUGCUCGUUUAAUUGAUAUCACGCAUCCAGAGCAUAAUGAUUCAUAUCACAAUACAUAUACAACUAGGUAUGAGAUGACAAACAUAGGGGGUGCUUGGAAGAUAACAGAUGGUGCUGUUCUCCGUUCUUAGUAUUGAACACUCUAUAUUAAAUAUUGCCCUUACCAUGGCUGCCUACAUUUAAUCUUGUCAUUUUUUUGGUUAUUCAUGUUGAAGCUAUUAUAGAUAAAAGUCUGCCAUGGCUCUUCUUAAUCACUUAUUAAUGAAUUAUAUAAUGUAUUACCUUAAUUCUUUUGUCUACA